AUGGCUUUGAAUUCUACUAGCCAUUCUCCUUCAACCCAACAUGAAGAUUCUGUUCCUCCUUCCACUUCGAGAAAAGCAGGAGGCUGGAGAGCCAUUGCGUACAUUCUUGGUAAUGAAUCAUUUGAGAAGUUGGCAUCCAUGAGCUUGACAGCCAAUUUAACAGUGUACUUGCGAACAAAGUACAAUUUGGGUGGCAUCUUUCUUGUUAAUGUGGUUACUAUUUGGACGGGUUCUUCCAAUGUCUUGUCAAUAGCCGGGGCUAUUGUCUCAGAUGCCUAUUUGGGCAGAUUCCUUACUCUUCUCUUUGGCUCCAUAUCCUCUCUUGUGGGCAUGGGCACAACAGCUUUGACUGCAGCCAUACCUGAACUGAGGCCACCAGCCUGCCAUGAGCCAUCUGUAUGCGAAAAGCCUCAGGGAUGGCAGAUUCUGGUCCUUCUUUUAGGCCUUGGUCUGUUGGCUAUAGGUGCAGGGGGCAUUAGGCCCUGUAACAUUGCCUUUGGGGCUGAUCAAUUUGACACAAGGACAGAAAAGGGAAAAGCACGUCUGGAAAGCUUUUUCAAUUGGUGGUACUUCUCAUUUACCAUUGCACUCAUGAUAGCACUCACUGGAGUUGUCUAUGUUCAGACUAACAUUAGCUGGGCAAUAGGAUUUGCUAUUCCAACAGUUUGCCUAGCUUGUUCGAUAAUCAUUUUUUUGAUUGGUCGCAAAACCUACAUAAUCAGGAAGCCUCAGGGGAGUAUUUUUAUAGACAUGGCUAAGGUGAUCAGUGCAUCGAUCAAGAAAAGAAAGGUAAACCUGAGACAAAGUAGUGAUCAUACCUUCUAUAGUCCUGCAACAGAUGAAGAGCUGGAGCCAACUAAACUGAUGCUGACUGACAGAUUCAACUGCCUAAAUAAGGCUGCUGUAAUCCUUGACUCAAGUGAACUGGAUUGUCAAGGUCAGCCCACAGAUAGUUGGAGAUUAUGUAGCGUGCAACAAGUGGAACAGUUAAAAUGCUUGGUUGGUAUCGUGCCAGUAUGGUGCUCCGCUAUUGGUUGUUUUGUAGUCAUGGACCAGCAGAAUACGUUUGGGAACCUUCAGGGAAUUCAGAUGAAUCAAUUUCUUGGACCUCAUUUCAAAGUUCCACCGGCUUGGAUGGGAAACACGUCAAUGAUAGCUCUAUCCAUUUGGAUAUUCAUAUACCAACGCCUCUAUCUCCCGACGUCAAGGAAAAUCAUGAAAAGGGACGCAAGAAUAACACUGAAAGAAAAAAUUAGAACUGGCAUUGUGAUGUCAAUUUUGUGCAUGGUUGUGGCUGGUAUCAUUGAAAAAAAGAGGCGAGAAUCGGCUUUAAAACACGGAUCUCAUGUUUCUCCUCUUAGUAUCGGAUUUCUCCUGCCUCAGUUUGUUCUAUCAGGCUUGACAGAAGCUUUUGCAGCUGUUGCUAUAAUGGAAUUUUUUACUGUCCAGAUGCCUGAGAGCAUGAGAAGUAUUGCAGGUGCUGUGUUUUUCUUAAGUUUGUCAAUUGGCAGCUACUUAAGUUCUCUUAUUGUCAAUAUUAUUCACGUUGCAACUGGAAAAAAUGGGAGACAGCCAUGGUUGGGAGAUCAUGAUCUUAACAAGAACAGGCUGGACUACUACUAUUUCAUCAUUGCAUCUCUAGGAGUAAUCAAUUUUGUAUACUUCACCUUCUUUGCCGGCAAUUAUGUAUCUAGCAAGAAAGCUAUAACCACUGGGGGGGAUCUGCAGCUGGACAACCACUCAAUUUCCCAAUCUAGAAAAUUUUCUGCUUGA